AUGUCUUACAUUGAAUAUAAUGAAAAUACAACAGAUAUUGACACAAACAUAAGUAAUAACCGUAUAUUUAUGCAAAAUCCGUAUGAAAUACUGAACCCUUCGGCUAUAAAUCCAGCAUUUAUACCGAUAAUCGUGACCCACGGCAUCACAUUUCUUAUCGGAAUUAUCGGUAAUAUAUUAGUUAUCAUUACGUGGUCUCUGAGAGGACGACUUCGGUCACCGACGGCUGUAUUUUUGGUUAGCUUAGCCGUCGCUGACAUGUUGUUACUAUUAGUGUUCGUCCCGUUGGAAACAUUGGAAUAUUUUGUCAUUAGUUGGGAUACGGGAGGAAAUGUAUGUAAAAUGAGUUCAUAUGUGGAAAUGCUUUCAGGAAUGGCUACUGUUCUCAAUUUGGUGGCCGUCAGUAUUGAAAGAUUUUUGGUGAUAGUAUACCCAAUAAAAGCCCGUUCCUGGUGUACAAUGAGCUCAACUCGAAAAGGUUUAGUGUGUGUCUGGAGUUUAGCAUUACUGUUGGCUACACCUGUAUUGUUGACUAAAACCGUAUAUUCAAUGACAUAUUAUAACAAUACAACACAAUUGACAGCAUAUUAUUGUUGGGACGCCGACGAUGACCUGGCUUUCUAUGUGGCCGUCUAUCAGUUGCUCGUAAUGUUUGUAUUGCCGGCACUUUUUAUGAUUGUCUGCUAUUUCUUAGUCAUGCAAGAGCUGUGGAUCAGUAAUAAAUCCAUAAAUACAAUGACACACUCGGACUCAUUCAAGCACAGCACUUCUCGCGCCAAUCAACGUACAGAAUGUCUGUUGUGUUGGCCAUCCCUUAGACAUCACAAACAAAACAUCGAAGAAACGACCAGUGCUUCCGCUAUGCAUUCAAACGCUGUGGACAUUACAAGAGGUCGUAAACAGGUGAUAAAGAUGUUGGUAUUGAUAGUGAUGUUGUUUAUGCUGUGUUGGGGCCCACGACUAGUCAUCAAUGUAUUGAUAAAGUUAGGUCUUCAGAGUUUCUCUCACUCGGCAUAUACGGCACGAAUCGCUUGUUAUCUCUUAUCGUUUAUUCAUUCGGCUCUCAAUCCCUUCGUCUACGGCCUGAUGUCCAGUAAUUUUCGUCAAAUGAUAUGUCAUUCGUGUAAAAAAAGCAAUCGUUUUACAAAUAAUUCAGAAACAUAUCAAUUAAAUCGUGUCAAUACAUAUACCACUAAUUCAACUAAAAUAGCUAACAGUUUUGUUUGA